AUGCCAAUUCAACCCCAGAAUUUGACUGUUUCUUUAGUCCUAUAUAAAACCUCUCAAUCCUUCUCUCCAUUCUACAACGCUUUGAUCAAAAUCAUGCCUCCUCCUUAUUCCUCUCAUCAUCCUCCCUCCGCCGCUGACGACGACGGCGACGCCAUAGUCGCUCUCCACUCCGACAUCCUUCAGACUCAUAUUCUCACCCGUCUUGAUGGCGCGGCUCUGACCUCUGCCGCCUCCGCGUCUUCCCGCUUCCGCCGCCUCUCCCGCGAGGACCUGCUCUGGCGCCGGGUUUGCUCAACCUCCUGGCCGUCAACUACUCAUCCGCGAGUCCAGCAGGCCAUUUCCGCCUUCCCUUCCGAACACCGAUCCUUCUUCUCUGACGUUUUUCCGGUGCUCGAUUGCCGAUCGCUACGGUGUGACCUGAACCGUUCCUCUUCCUCCUCCACCUCUGAAUUGAUCUCUGCCGUCGACAUUCAUUACAAGGACAAACUCCUGUUCUCGAAAGUUGACUCAAUCGAGACGAAGACGAAUUGGUUCCUCGGCUCUCCAUUUCGUGUUGACCUAAUCGACCCGAAGGAUUCGAUUCCGUCGCCAAUUAGACGCACGGAGAAAUACGAAGAUUGGCUAGGGCAUCUAGAGGAGAAUCUAACAGUGAGUUGGAUAGUAAUCGAUCCGAUUAAGAAUCGAGCGGCGAACGUCUCGAGUAGGCAGGCAGUGAAAGCGCGAUGGCAGUGGUUGUCCGGCGACAUAGAGGUGGAAUACACGACGGUGAUGGGCGGCGACGGGAGGAUAGGGUCGGCAGAGGAGAUGGUGGAAUGUGCGGUGGUGGUGAGUUGCGGGGAGAAGGAGGAGGAGGAGGGGAUGGAGAUGAGCGUAAGGGAGGUGAGUAUGCGGAUGUUGGACAUGGAAGGGAAGCAUUUGAAGGGGAAGGAGAGUAUGGAGAUUUUGGGGGAAGCCAUGGAAAGGGGGAAGAGAAUAAGGGGGAAGAAAUGGGAAGGGAAAUUGAGGUUCAGAGAAUACGAAGAGCGGAGGAGGUUGAGGAAGGCCAGAAAGGAGAGGACUGAGAAUGCUUUGGAUAUGCUCUGUAUUUUUACUGGAAUCGCCAUUCUCUUCUCUUUCUGCUCUUUCUUCCUCUUCCUCUUCCUCUCCACGUAG